AUGUCGAAGGUACCGACCCCGAAGCGGCGCGCGAGCCCGCCCCCGCGGGUCUCGGAGACGACGCAUCUGAACUCUCCCGGGAAGGGCGCAGCGCCUGCUCCCGCUCCCGCCCCGGAGAGGAGGAAGACGACAGCGACAGCUCUCGUGUACGGCAUCCUGCUGGGCUUCCUCUACUUUGCGAUCAACAAGUAUCAGGAUGGCUGGACGCUGAAUACGGUCCUUGACGGAGAGGUCAAGGGCCACGCACCGUUCGAUGACGGACGGAAGGAGACCGCACCUCGCGAGUUUGUCAAGCCCGUCAGCGACGCACUGUUCCACACCAACGUCAUGCUCGGUAACGACGGACCCGAGCCAGACCUCUCCGGCGGCAUGAUCCCGGCCGUCGCGCCGCCGUUCGCGAUGACGCGAUGGACGCCGCAAUCGCGCCUGAACUACACAACGCUCUCCGGGUUCAUCGGUACGCAUCAACCCGCGGUGUGGAUGGGCGAGUCGGGCCCUGUGCAGGUGCACGCCGGCAUUGGGCCGGUCAUCACCGACUUCCUGCAGCGCGCCAUGCCCUUCAAGCGCAAGAACGAGUACGCCAGCGCCAACUACUACUCCAACCUCCUGCAUGGGUACCACGGUGAUGUGCGUGCCGAGUUGUCGGCCUCGAGCCGUGUCGGCCACCUCCGCUUCACGUUCCACCCGAACAGCCAUCGUGUCGACCCGUAUGUCGUGCUCGACGCAAGCCGGCGCAGCGUCUUCACCAACGACCCUAACAAUGUGACCUACCCCCUCGGAUGGGUUCGUGUCGACACAGAACGUAACGAGAUCUACGGCUGGAAUGAUGAGCGCCAGGACAAAAUCCUGCUCUCCGAGGAGAUCCCAGCGAAGGGGUUCAAGGGGUACUUUGUUGCGCGCUUCAGCGAGCCCAUUGCCAAGGGCGGCAUCACGUGCAACGGUCUGCCAUAUGCUGGUCUCGAGGCGGAGAGCAACCUGCUGAGCGGAUGGGCGAUCUUCCCUCGCGACACAAAGUCCGUCGAUGUCCGCAUCGGCGUCUCGUUUAUUAGCAUCGAGCAGGCACGACGCAACAUUGACCUUGAGAUCCCAGACGGACAAUCGCUGGCGAAGACAUCACGACAGACUCGCGAGGCGUGGGCUGAGAAGCUUGACAGGCUCACUGUCUCUGGCGCCACUCCUCAGAACAAGACGGUACUCUACACCGGCUUUGCGCACACGCUCGUGUACCCUUACGAAGUGUCCGAGAACGCGGGCACAAAGGAGGAACCCAAGUGGAAGUACUACUCGGGAUACCUGGACAAGGUUGUUUCAGGCGUCUCGUACUCCGGUUACAGCAUUUGGGACACGUUCCGUGCGACUACAGCUUGGCAGCUGCUGGUUGCGCCCGAGCGUUCCGGCCCCAUGAUCCAGAGCAUGCUCCAGGACUACGUGCAGGGCGGCUGGAUGCCGAUGUGGAAGAACAUUGUCGAGACGAACAUCAUGGUGGCGACGCACGCCGAUUCCAUCGUCGCGCAAGCGCUGAACGCGGGCGUGACUGGGUUCGACAAGGCAUUGGCAUACGCGGCCGUCAUGAAGAAUGCGUUCGUGCCGCCGGAUCACGACGUGGAGAUCCGCUACUGGGACAGGCAGCAGCACACGCCCCAGGAGGUGCGCGCCGGCUUGACAGAGUACAUGAAGAACGGCUGGGUCGCGAACGACCGGCACAGCGAGGCCGGCUCGCGCACGCUCGACUACGCGUACGACGACCACGCCGCCGCCAUUGUCGCCCGCCACAACGGAGACGAGCACAACGCGACACUCCUCGAGAAGCGGUCCAAGAACUACAAGAACAUCUGGAACAAGCGCACCGGCUUCAUGGAGGCGAGGAACGAGGAUGGAUCCUGGGCCGGCGAGUGGGAGGGCUGGUGCGAGGGCGACCACUGGGCGUACAGCCUGACCGUGAUGCACGACAUUCCCGGCCUCGUCCAGCUGAUGGGCGGCAAGGACAAGUUCGAGAAGUUUGCCGAUGCGCACUUCAACGGCGGGCACAAUCUGCACACAAACGAGCCAAGCCACCACAUUCACUGGGCCCGCUCCCUCGCUGAGUCCGAGUACAACCACACCGCCCUCGGCCUGAGUGGGAACGAGGACUGCGGGCAAAUGAGCGCCUUCUACCUCUUCACAGCCCUGGGCUUCUACCCCGUCGACCCAGCUGGGGGUGAGUACGUGAUCGGCGCGCCAUUGUUCGACAAGCUCGACCUCCGUCUCCCAGCGGCGGACUGGACGCCCGGCGGCACGCUGAAAGUGAGGGCCAGGGGAGUCAGUAAUGAGAAGCAGUACGUUAGGAGUCUGGAGGUGGACGAGAGGGCGUGGCGCAGGAUCACGAUUGGUCACAAGGACAUCAUGAAGGGCGCCAAGCUCAGGUUCAGUAUGGCCAAGGAGCCGCAGAAGUGGCCCGAGAAGUGA